UGCAAAUACGCGUACAAUUGCUGAAUGUCUGGAAUUUGCAGUUAUAUAUGUAUAGCCACAGAUGCAGUACAAAGAGGUCUGUGUUUGUGUGGAUGCGCAUCGCAUCGCGCGCACCGCACCGCACCGCACCGCCCCGCCUCGCGCUGCUGGAGCUCCUCUGAUCGCACGCGCACUCUUCAGAGACCAACCGCGCUGUCAACAUGUUUCUGCUCGGAUUCAGCCUGUGUCUGGCAGUUGUCUAUGGGAUUGUCCCAGAAAUAUCCAAAACGGACAUGGACAUCAUCUCAAACAUGGAAACAAAUGUAGAAGAAAGACAGACGCCACUGAGCGAUAUGAUCGCCAUGGAGGACGCGCAGCAGCAGGUUUACAAUGAGACAGCAAAAUCCAGCCUCCAUCCACACAAUGUCUCUUCAAACCUCCAAAAUCACAGCAGUAUUGAAAUCAUAGCUGGGAAUCAAUCCAUUUAUACUGCUGAGAGAAUCAAUAAGACAACAAACAACUCAACAACCAUACAGCCCAGAGAUGAAGAGAACAUCAUUGAUCACGAGUGUAUCAUUGAUGAAGACUGUGAGAAGGGCAGCUUCUGUCUGUAUGAAACACGGAGCUCAAAGUGUCUGCCCUGCAAGCACACUGAUGCGACGUGUAGCAAAGAUGAGGAAUGCUGUGCGGGACAGCUGUGUGUGUGGGGUCAGUGUACAAACGGCACAAAGGGAGACUCAGGAACCAUCUGUCAGUACCAAAGUGACUGUAAGAAGGAGCUCUGCUGCACCUUCCAUAAAGCCCUGCUGUUCCCAGUGUGCAGCUCUAAGCCAAUAGAACGUGAGCGCUGUAUCAUUUCAGCCAAUCACCUGAUGGAGCUGCUGUCAUGGGAUUUUAAGGAGGAGGGUCCUCAAGAGCACUGCCCAUGUGCCAGUGACCUGCAGUGCACACAUCUUGGACGGGGUGCACUGUGCCUGAAGAGUCAGAACUCCAGCGAGGAGGAGCUCACAGAUAGCCCCUACUCUGAGAUUGACUACAUCGUCUAGUGAGACUGAGACAGAUGAAGAGAAGCUGCUGAAACAGACAUGAAAGCUUCAUCGUCACCCCAAAGCUUUGUAGGAAACGCCUUCAUUAUAAUCAACUAGACAGCCUCUAAAAUGCAGCUGUGAAUGUGCAGCAGAAGAGAUUCGCUGAAGGACUGAAUCUAAAGACCGUUCACACUGACAGCGAUUUGAAAGCAUCAUGCUGCCUGGAAGUCAUACAUUUCCAAAGCAAGUUGGUGAUUUGAGGGGACAAGAGUGAUGGCAAUGGUUGGGGCAUGGCAAAUGACACAACAAAAGUAUAACUUCAGUGAGUGUGAAGGCAAUGGUCAACAUGUGCUAUAAUGUAGUCAAGAUGACCACAUUCGUGCACUUUUUCAUUAGAUAGGCAGCCCAGCAGUAAUAUUUGGGCAUCCAGCAGAUCAAAUCACUGUCCGUGUGAACAGCCCUCAAGUGUUGGAGCUCAACUGUGGGUUUUGAGCACUGGAAAAAAGCACUUAUUAUUAAUGUACAGUAUUAAUGCUUUAAGAAUAUGUCAGGCAGAAAAACAUAAAGAGGAAAACUCUGCUGAGAGCCAAUCCAUCUUAGUUUAGUGUAGCAGCCAAUACAAGAAACCUCAUGUAAUUUCCCCAGGUAACAAACACAAACUCGUUCCAGAAAAUAAAAGGUUGGAAAACAUGAAGUUCUUUUUUUAUAUAUAAUCUGAACUAAAGUAUGCCUUUAUGACGGUUUUGAAUUCUUCCCCUGAGAUCCACUGAUAUUAAUCACAAUUCAUUUUUUCCCACCCUCCAUUUUUUUAUUUUUUUGCAAGUUAAAAGGCAUAAAGGUGUGGUCACUUUUACCGUUGUUUGGCAAAAUCUGUGCAAAUUUCACAUGACGAGAGCAAAAGAUUUCCCCAUGCAUAUUUCGCAGUGUUCAAGUUGGUUGUGAAUUUGCUGUGCUGACCAAUAAAAAAAGCAGCUUGA